AUGGUAUUCUCAAAGCUAGCAACCAUCUCAUCGUUCCUAGCCUUUGUCUCCUUUGUUGCAGGCCAUGGCUACGUCUCCAGCAUCGUAGCCAAUGGACAAAACUACACCGGCUACAUGGUUGACAAAUACCCAUAUAUGAGCGACCCUCCCAAGAGCGUAGGCUGGGCCACGACUGCCACAGACCUUGGCUUCGAAGACGGCACCGAAUACCAGUCCCCGAAUAUCAUAUGUCACAGAAAUGGCGUCAACGCCGCGUUGAGUGCCACCGUCACCGCAGGCUCCAGCAUUGACCUCCAAUGGACGCCAUGGCCAGAGUCACACCACGGCCCCGUCAUCACCUAUCUUGCGCCGUGUAACGGCGAUUGCAGCACAGUUGACAAGACGACCCUCAAAUUCUUCAAGAUCGAAGAGAGGGGCCUCGUCGACGGCUCAGUUGUACCCGGCAAAUGGGCUGCGGAUGAGCUUAUUGCCGCGGGAAAUCGGUGGACAGUGAAGAUUCCUUCAACUAUCGCGGCCGGUAAUUAUGUGAUGCGUCAUGAAAUUAUCGCUCUUCACUCAUCUGGCCAGCUGAAUGGGGCUCAGAAAUAUCCUCAGUGUAUUAACUUGCAGGUCACUGGUGGUGGUAGUGCUGUGCCUGCUGGCACACUUGGCGAGGCGUUGUAUAAGAAUACCGAUGCGGGCAUCUUGUUCAAUAUCUAUACUACGCUUUCCAGCUAUCCCAUCCCGGGACCGGCGUUAUACUCCGCAUGA